AUGGCAUUUGCACGUCAUCUUCCCGUAGAUAUGUCUCUCUUACGUCUUCAAGAUAAACACGUUGUCAAGGCAAUUUGGGAAGGAAUCGAAAGAGUUCUUCGACCAAGAAGACAUGCAAUCUGGAUAGCUAAACAUGUCAACGAAGUCGAUGCUAGAGUUAUGAAUAUACUAGAAGCAAUAGGAUUUAGCCAUAUUUUGAAAGUUUCAAAUAUGGAAAUAAAUCAUGUGCUAGUGAAUGCUUUGGUCGAGAGGUGGAGAAUGGAAACUCAUACUUUCCACUUGCCUCUUGGGGAAAGUACAAUAACACUGGAAGACGUUGCUUUGCAACUAGGGCUUCCAAUUGAAGGUCAUGAUGUCACUGGCAUCAGCAGUGGACCUCUCACAUUAUUUUGUCAGCAGCUACUAGGACAUGUUCCUCCGAAAAAUACUAUCAGAGGCAACAAAAUAAAAUUUUCCUGGCUGAAUAAUACGUUUCGCCUGUUACCUGAUGACGCCACCCAUGAGGUAGUGGAACAAUACGCAAGAGAGUACAUGUUGCUGCUAAUUGGCAGCAUACUAAUGCCAGAUACUUCUGCAAGCAUGGUACAUUUAAUGUAUCUACCACUUUUAGCUGACUUACAUACGGUGGCAAACUAUAGCUGGGCAUCUGGAGUUCUUUCAUGCUUGUACCGUUCCCUUGAUCAUGCGACUACAUGA